AUGGCACCCCAAAAAGACUACUACGCCGACCUUGGGAUGCCGCGUGAUGCGGACAUUGAAACAAUCAAGAAGCAGUAUCGAAAGUUGGCGUUAAAAUACCAUCCCGAUAGGAAUAGCGGCAACGAAGACGAAGCUAUUGCCAAGUUUCAGAUCAUCCAGGAGGCUCACGAGGUCCUGUCGGACCCAGCUUCAAAGGCGAAUUAUGACGCCACUCUGGGGAAAAGCCGAUAUACUGGAGCCUCAGGUGUGAGGGGGAACCCUUGGGCCGACGUAGGCCAACAGUUUCCUACGCCUCCGAGACGGACAACAGCUGCGAGAAACGCAACUUCAGGGGCACAACGAUGGCAGUCAAGAUUCUCGAGCGGAGUGCCACCGACGGCAAAACAAACCUUUGGAUCUGACCCAAAUGCGAAGAAGAAUGCUGCCAAGGCAUUUGAGAACAUGCGCAAGAAUGCACGGGCUGAACCGCGUUCGUCCGAGCCGCCUCCGCCGCCCCCACGACAACCACCACGAACAGAAUCGGCGAGACAACGACAAGAAGCUUCUUUCGGAUCCAGAAAGGCCGGCUACUAUCCUCGAUCGACUGUGCCUGGGGACGAACCGCCCGUGUCAAACGCGAAUUACACCAAUUCUGAACGACGAAAUGUCCCGCAACCCCCGCCUCGAAAGCCGGUGCCGAACCCGAUGCCCGACCCGUUGAGUCAGUUUAGGGAGAAGGCCACCUCGUCUACAAUUCGUCACGAUGACGAGCAGCGCAGUUCCGGUAUUCCAAGACGACCGAAUCAAGAAAAGCCUGAUGCAAGUCCUCCAGCACCGGCGGAUGGAGAUCAACAUGUUCAAAAUGCGGCCGAGGGCACGGGAACGUAUACCGAUACGUCCUUUAAGUCACGGACUGACGCCACAUUCGACUCGAGCGGUCCAAAUCAGGCUGCAAACUCAUUUACGGAGAAAGACUCAACGAGCAACAAGGAUGAACCAUUACUGUAUGAAACUCCUCGUAGCCGCCAUCGUCGUAACGUGUCAGUUUUUUCCACGUAUUCAGCCUCUACAAAGCCUGGAAUUGCUUGGACAUCUCCAACAGCGGGUCUUGAUAGUUCAGGAACCGUGCAUGAAAACAGGUCUCCGAGUGGGAAUAAAGGUGACAGUGUCGCACUUUUGUCGUUUGAGCGACAGCAGACCAAUAUCUUGAACAAGCUUAUCAACAAUAAGGAAGGAUCUCCAAGGCCCCUAGAAGAGGAAAAUCGCAUUUUGGCGAUGAAAAACUCCAAAGAGAUGACGAGACAUGCACAAGCAGCUAACCAAGCUCAAUCACAUAGCUUCAGCUUCCCCACGAACAGUGCCAAUUUUGCGGAGACUCCACACACGACUGGCGGACGCGGCUUCUCAAAGAGCAGUCUGGAUGACAUAGACACCAGCUUUGUCAAGGACGACAACUUGAACAAUUAUCAGUUCAAUGCCGGCACGGCCGAGGGGGACGCCAAUGUUAAGAAUGGUUUUAAUCCUAAUGGAUGGAGCGACAAGUUCAAUGCUCAGACGUUUGUUCCACAACCACAACCUGGUCCAUCUGCUUCGCCAACACGAGCCAGCCGCACCAACUCUAGAAAAACAAAGAUCAGACCCACUGUAGGAACAGCAGCGACAGUUGAGGAGGGCAGCAGCGACGAAGAGACUUAUGAAUGGCGCGGAAGAAAUGCGCAGACCCAAGGGCAGGCGGCUCCGGCGACUGACAGCCCGCAGGCUAUGGAUAUCGAUUCACCAACGUCCUCUGGCGCAACGGCAACUCAAACGGCACGAAACAUUCCAGUCGAGCCAUCCCGACCAGAAUGGCGCGCCGGGAAGGUGGAUGACGGCGCGGCCAACCAUGAACAGCCACAACGACCGGCAAAAGUCUCUUUGGAUGCAAAUGCUGCGGGUUCGGAAGAUAGUGAAGAGUUUAGGGCGAGUUUUGCAGACUUUAAGAACGUGCCACCCUUUUCUCAGUCGAAGGAAGGCCUUGAGUCUUUGAAUGGAAUGAAGGAUAGUCUGCCUUUCGAGAGCAAAGCAUCUGACGUUCCACCAGUCAAGGUACCAAAGUCUGUGUCCUUGGUGUUUCCUUCAGCCCCUCUGGCACCCCGUCUACCUCCUAUCAUUGCUAUUGAGGGGAUGAAACCCAACGCUGCGUCCUGGAUAAAAUAUGUUGCCGAUUUUGAAAGUUACUUGCGAGAAUGGGACAGGUUUAACGGGCUGGUUGUUGAUCAUUUUGCCACAAGGAAGUCGCAUAUUGACAAUACGAGAGCAAGCAAAGGGUACGGUUUUUUGGCAGCCCGGGGAGAUGGCGAUUUGCAGGAAUAUCAUAGCUGGGUUCAGCAGGAUAACGAUGUUCGACGACAGUGGAACAAUGCAUGUGAGGAGCACGAGUCACGGAUGCGAGAAUUCAUGGCGUUUAGACAGAGGAUGAAGGACAGCCGCGUUUGA